CGCUGGGCGGCAGGCCGGCGGGCGGGGCGGCAGCGCCAUGUCGGUGAGCGCCAUGUUCGCGGCGCUGCAGGGAGCGCUGGGCCAGGACCAGGACAUCCGAGAGGAGAUCCGGAAGGUGGUGCAGGCGCUGGAGCAGACGGCGCGGGAGAUCCUGACGGUGCUGCAGGGCGUGCACCAGGGGCCCGGCUUCCAGCACAUCCCAAAGAAAUGUCAGAAGGCUCGUGAGCACUUUAGUACAGUGAGGACACAGAUGGAGUCUCUGAAGACCAAAUUUCCUGCUGAUCAGUAUUACAGAUUUCAUGAGCAUUGGAGGUUUGUGCUUCAGCGGUUGGUGUUUCUGGCAGCGUUCGUAGUCUACUUGGAGUCAGAAACAUUAGUGACUCGAGAAGCUGUUGCAGAAAUACUUGGGAUUGAAGCUGAUCGAGAGCGGGGCUUUCACCUGGACAUUGAAGACUAUCUUUCUGGUGUAUUAACUCUCGCCAGUGAGCUGGCCCGGCUGGCAGUGAACAGUGUCACAGCCGGUGACUAUUCCCGCCCUCUCCGCAUCUCAGCCUUCAUCAACGAGCUGGAUUCUGGCUUCCGUCUCCUCAACCUGAAGAACGACUCCCUGAGGAAACGCUACGAUGGCCUGAAAUACGACGUCAAGAAGAUCGAGGAAGUGGUUUAUGACUUGUCGAUCAGAGGACUCAAUAAGGAGGCAGCAGUUGGUGCAGGUGGAGAGAAAUGAAGGGUGCUCAUUUUAACAGCAUCAUCGAUUACCUCAGAUGGUUGCCAAUUUAGGAAGUAUCUAGUGAAGCCUUCCUACAGUAGUUUAGAAGAACUGCAGCUCAAAGCUGCUCUCUAUUUUCUUACAAAAAGUGUGGUACAGGUGUUAGAUGUUUUGUAAAAUCAUGUCUAGAUUAGGGCAGGAGGCUCUCUGUUUUCAGUGGAAUUCCCCUGUCAAACACACGGUGCUGUUCAGUGCACAGCAGCAAUAGUCAGUAACUCCCAUGAGCUGAUUCCCAUUAGUUCUCUAGUGUAGCUUCCCUGCUCCGGCAGUGAGGUGCUGUGGCUGUGACUGCUCACAC